CCCAUGCUGCCUGCGCUGCCAAUGCCAGCUCCACCCCGUCCCCGACAGUGCUGGGUGCCGCUUUUUGCGGCGGACCGGGGAUCUCGUCUCCCGGUCCAAACAAAUAAACAAUUGCAUUGUGGUACCACGGAGCUGCGCCUGCGUUUUCUGGCCAAACCCCUGCGACUAUUUAUACCAGGGGAUAGCCGCAAAAAUAGCCCACUUUUAGUCAUUUAUCUUCACCAUGGGUAUCAAGGAUAGGGUAAAGAGAGCCUCCAAGAUUUUUUCCUCCGAGUCCAAGGAGUCGUUGGCCAAGGACAUAGACACCAAGGAAGCCGCAGCUGACACCAAGGCCCAAGAGCCAGCUGCCGGUGCCGCUGAAGUCGCUGCUGACGAGCCAGUUGCCACCGAAACUGCUGGAGUUGAAGAGCCAGUUCUUGCCACCGAAGGCGCUGCUGAGGCUGCCACUGCUGAGCCAGUCGCUGCUCCGGAAGUUGCUGCUGAAGAGCCAGUUGCCGCUGCGCCAGUCACUGGCGAGGUUGAGCCUACUGUGGAACCAGUUGAGGCAGUUGAGGCAGUCGAGCCAGUCGAGCCAGUCGAGCCAGUUGAGCCAGUUGAGCCAACUGUUGAAGGCGUUGACGCCAAGAAGGCUGAAGUCAAGGACGUUGCCCCAGCCACCGAAGAGGCCGACCCAUUGAGCAAGGAAGGCGAAACCGCCAAGGCCGCCGUCGAAGACUCGUCUGCUAAGACCGACAAGGCUGCGAAGAAGAACGAUAUCUUCAAGAGAAUUUUGGUAAUGUCAGAACCGGAUUGAGUGUAGAGGGCGUUUGGCGAUGGUUGCCAAUUUCGAGACCGUUGUCGCGAUGGCGGCGUAUGUCGUCUAGCAGGAAUGCGGCACAUGAAUCCGCGUCUGCAGGCCGUACGUCUGGCAGCAGAAGCGAAUUUGCAUGUGUGGCGUGCGCCAGCAUGGCCAGUACGAUGCCUGAGCUGGCAGUUGGACUGGACGGAACGGCUGCUGUUGCGGGAGAUGCCGGGCCCGGGCGUUCCAUUGUGGGCCAAGCCAAGAUAACGGGAGUGGUGGGCACGGGACAGGGGCGAUUGGCCAGAAAGAGGUGGCGUGGGGUUGUGUCACGGGUCCGAAACAC